GAGAUGGCCGAUUUGACGCCUGAGGAGAGGAUAGCGCAAAGAAGAUUACUGAGUCGUUUACCCACAUCUGAGAGAAGAGAGCUAUACGCGGGGUAUAAAGGACAUGGGAGGUAUUUACCUCCGGAAGAAAUAACGAAAAGGGUUCAAGAUGAAUAUGAAAUUGAUAGGGAGAAAAACGAUGGAGUAGGGUAUCAAUAUCAUGAAGUCAAGAGACGUAAAGUGGACAGACGACAGAUGCAUGGAGGAGAUUGUGAAUGUUGCAAGGAUUAUUAUCAAGCUAUCGGUCCUAUCCCACGAUACAACGCCGAAUUCGGUGGAAUGGAAACCAGUAAAAAAGAGAAGAACCAAAAAGAACGUGAAAUUCAAGAACACCAAAAUAAAAUAUCGCGUCAUAGAGAAGUAUGGAUAAGACCUCCUACUCCUCCUAAAUAUUGGAAUAUAGGAUUCCCAACGACUCAAGAUGUACAAGAACAAAAUAAAAAGGCUGAUGAGAUGGUCAGGGAGAAAGAAGCGAAAUUGAGGGCUGAG